GUGUUAUGUGUUUUCUGGAUUGAUAGAAAUUCUCAUUUUCUGACAAGUCAUAUUGGUGUGUUAUAGUAGCUUUUGAAGUCGAUAUUGGGUAUUGGAUGGUGUACGACGACCUUAACUUUCGGAGGGUAUUACGUACAUUUUAUUUAUAACAGAGUAAACAUGUCUUAUAUGCUUUCUCAUUUAACAAAUGGAUGGCAGGUAGAUCAGGCAAUUUUGUCGGAAGAGGACAGAGUUGUAGUCAUUCGCUUCGGUCAUGAUUGGGACCCCUCUUGCAUGGUAAUGGAUGAGACGCUGUUUAAGAUUGCUGAGAAAGUAAAGAAUUUUGCUGUUAUGUAUUUGGUUGAUAUAACACAAGUCCCCGACUUUAAUAAGAUGUACGAACUUUACGAUCCUUGUACUGUUAUGUUCUUCUAUCGCAAUAAGCAUAUUAUGAUCGACCUGGGGACUGGUAACAAUAAUAAGAUUAACUGGCCCAUUGAGGAUGGACAGGAAUUUAUAGAUAUUGUGGAAACUGUGUACAGAGGUGCAAGAAAAGGCCGAGGUUUGGUUGUUUCUCCAAAGGACUAUUCCACUAAAUAUCGGUACUGAGCAAUGUAUCACCUUAUCUUUUCAUAUAUUUAAAGAUUUUCUGCUUUUGUGUUUUAUUCAAAUAUAUGUGAUUCCCAAUUCACAUUAGAGUUUUUAUUGCUGUUAUGCUACCGAUAAAAACCACACGUAUUUUCAGGUUUGUGAUGUUCCUUAAUUAGCAGUUAACUUGUAAACUGAGUGACUUAUUCCUGCGAACAAUGACUUUGACUAUUUACCAGGAGCUUACAGUCAUUGGAUUGUUCGUAGUAGUUCGCGGAUCCAAAUAUCAGCUAUACUAAUGUUCACAUUGAAAGUUAGUGGAGACUAUCAACAAUGCCUGUUUUAUCUAAUUCUGAUCGAGAUCGUAUUGGGAAACUAUUUAGUGAAUUGGAUGUAGACAAGGAUGGUCGAAUUAGUGUUACUGAACUUAGUCGUGUUAUAAAAGGAAACAAGGAUGAACCGAAUACUCAAAGCAAAACAGCUAAAAAAAUUAUGACCAAAGGAGAUUCAGAUAAUGAUGAAACGCUAACCUUUCAAGAAUUUCUUUCUUACAUACAAGAUGCUGAAACUCAUUUAAAACUGGCAUUCAAAGAAAUUGACCAAAACAAUGAUGAACGUAUAGAUGUUGGUGAAAUUCAGUCAGCUAUGAAAAGACUUGGUGUUAAUGUGAAUGAGGCUGAUGCAAAAAAGUUAAUGGAGCGUAUGGAUAAAGAUGGAUCUCUGGAUAUUGAUUAUAAGGAAUGGAGGGAAUUUUUAUUGUUUAGUGGAACUUCAAAGAUUGAUGAGAUUUUUCGGUAUUGGAGACAUACAACAGCUAUAGAUAUUGGUGAAAACAUGUGUGUUCCAGAUGAUUUUACAGAAGAGGAAAAGAAAUCUGGGGAUGCAUGGAAAACAUUAGUCUCUGGAGGUAUUGCUGGUUGCAUCUCCAGGACUGUUACAGCUCCUUUAGAUCGAAUUAAGCUGACAUGGCAGGCACUUGGAAGUAAAGCUUCUGAAGUAGGACUUUUGGGUACAGUCAAUAAAAUGGUUAAAGAAGGUGGCGUCACAUCACUUUGGCGUGGAAAUGGUGUUAACUGUUUGAAAAUUGCCCCAGAGUCAGGAAUUAAGUUUCAGGCCUACGAAAUGUACAAACACUGGCUUAACGAAAGUUUAGGCAGUAGUCCAGAUGGAAGUCUGAAAUUACAUACGAAAUUUUUAUCUGGUGCAUUGGCUGGUGCAACUUCUCAAACUAUAAUUUAUCCUAUGGAAGUACUAAAAACACGAAUGUGUUUACGAAAAAGUGGACAGUAUUCAUCGAUAUUUGAUUGUGCUCGAAAGCUGUAUCAAAGUAAUGGCUUUGGUAUAUUUUAUCGAGGUUAUGUCCCUAAUAUACUGGGUAUUUUACCAUAUGCUGGAAUAGAAUUAGCUUUGUUUGAAACAUUCAAACAAACAUACGCGAAGCUUGUUAUAUCAAAGGAUGAAAAAUCUGCCAAUUCGCCUCCACCAGUCUAUGUGUCUGUUGGAGCUGGUGCUCUUUCAUCUUUAUGCGGUCAAUUGGGCACAUAUCCUUUGGCGUUGGUGCGUACAAAACUCCAGGCUCAAACAGCAUCAGAAAAAAGUGGAUUAGUGAAAGUUGUGAAGAAUAUUGUAGAACAUGAAGGUGUAUCAGGUUUAUUCAGGGGAUUAGGUCCGAAUAUUUUGAAAGUACUUCCUGCUGUUAGUGUGUCAUAUGCAUGUUAUGAUCAAAUUAAAGCAUUUCUUAAUGUUUCAAAGUAAGUCAAUCAGUCAGUCAGUCAUUCAAUCAUCAAUCAAUAUAUAACCAGGCAAACAAUGAAUUAUGUACGCUACAAUUUGUAUUUUCUGCUUGUCAGCUAUCUGAUCAACUUUUUUUCUCCACACAUUUAUAUUCCUGCAUCAAAGUUCACUAACAUAUCAUGAGCUUUUUUAUUGUUACUAUUAUUUUCAUUAUUAUUAUUAUUAAAGAUUGUCAUUCGGAUACAGAGUUCUAUAUUUCUUUUUUAUAGCCAUGGUAUAUUUUAUGGCUUUUAUUAUGAACAUUACACUUAAGUUUCCUUUUUGUUGUUGCGAUUAUCUUGCAUCCAAAGUAUUUAUAGGCUUUCUCUCGUUUUGUCUGACACAUUUAACAAAUUUGAUUACUUUUAAUUAUCAUUUAUAUUCACAAUUAACACUGUCUCUAGUCUGUAUAAUGUCGUUGACGUCUUGCCCACUGAAGGUCUAGAUAUUUUUCUUUUGAAAUAAACUCUAAAGAUUUAAGCUUAUAUGUCAGUUGAUUUUGCUUAUGUCUAUUGAGUGUACAAUACUUCUCUCUGAUAACUAAUCGUUUAUUAUACUGGUAUAAUUGAACCAUAAUCCAUUACAAUCUCAAUUUCUAAUAUGCCUUCCAUCCUCGUCUGUCUGCACAUGACCUGUAAACAUUUUCGUCUCUGAUUUUGCUGUGAUUGGUUCAUUGUGGUAUAUUUAUUCAUUAUAUAUAUCUACUUAUGUAUUUCUCAUGGUACACUUGACACUGUAUUCGACUGAGGAGUUUUAUCGAACAUUGAUGAAUUGAUUAAACCCUGCUUUAUUAAUAUUUUGUGAUGUUGAUUCAUUGGUAGAACCACACAAGUAGUCCGGCGUUCGAACCUCCACCGAUUCAUAUAUAUGUAUCCUCUGUUUCUAUAAUUAUGAUGAAGUCGUACAUGAAGUCAAUUUGUUGAUGGUGACUAGCGGUGAAAUCCAGGAUGCG